AUGCAGCAAGCCAGGGGAAAAGGAUCUCAAGGGGAAUCUUAUUCAAAGAAGAGGGGUUAUGCAUUGGAAGCAAUACCCUCUGUGCCUCUGGAUGCAGUUCCUUCAGAAAAUGACAGCAGUCAUUGUGAUUCGAUAGACAUAGCAGUGACCAAAAAACCUUGUUCCCUAGAGAUAGCAAGAGUUCCUUCCUCAAGACCAGAUAACGCACCUCAGGUAGCAAUUACCGCACCAGGAUCUGGUAACCAUAGAAACAGCUCUACAGGCCCAACACCUGACUGCUCUCCUCCAUCACCAGACACUGCACUUAAAAACAUAGUGAAAGUUAUACGUCCUCAGCCCAAGCAACGUACAUCCAUAGUAUCUUCCCUGGAAUUUCACCGAAUGAAUCACAGCCACAAUUAUUUUGAAAUCAACUCAUCCAUUGGCUGUGCAAGUUUCAUUUCUACUCCUGCAAUCAGUCCAGCUAAUUAUUCCUUUGGACCUCUGGAAUACAGUCUUGAAGAGAAAGAACUUCCAG